CUGUGAUGUUUAUGGAGUACUUUGUGGUAAUUGUAUUCCUGAGGACUGGAUCUGAAACUGAAUGAACUGUGCAGUAAUACUGUUAUAUAUUGCAGAUUUGAGGGGUCGUUAAGGUAGGGUUAUUGUUAUAGUUUUGGUACUAACUGGAUUGUCCUGGCAAAUUGAUCUUACAUGCUUGCUUGAGAAAUGAGAACAGAACACUAGUAAUAGUACUAGUGGUUCUUGUUACUCCUUGCUGUGGUCGAGUCUAUGCCGUGUGGGGGGCAUCAGCCAGCUGCCAGCCAACCGGCCGGCCGGCUCCUCUGACCUGAACUGCAAUGCGGAGACCGGCGACCUGGCUGACGCUGACCCCGUCCAGUCAACAUGCUGCCGUGGUUGUCACUCUCUGCUUCCACUUGACGUUCUUCCACAUCCAUUGCUUGGCCGUGCAGCUGCGACAUCCAAGCUAGUAGAAGCAUGUUCCCGUUCCGUCACCGCCUGCUCACCGUCUCCGUCGUCCUCGUCUUCGUCCUCCCUGCUCCUGGCGUGCACCCUCAGGCGCCCAACCUCUGCGGGACCAAGGCCAAUGGCAGGUACGCCUGCGCAGACUGCUCCACCUCUGCUGCCACCUCCGAUCGAGGGCCCACCUUCGAGGCCAAUCUCCUCCGUUUCCGGGACUCCCUCAAGGACAUGCUCGCCAGCAACGCGAGCUUCCUGAACGCCACCUUCGCGGGCGACAGCGACACGCCGGAGGAGACGGUGUACGGCCUCGCCACGUGCCUCGCGGACGCCGAGGCGUCCGAUUGCGUCGCCUGCCUCGCCGCGGCGGCCGGCGAGUUGCCCGGGACGCGGUGCGCGAGCCGCAGGGACAUGGUGCUCUGGUACCCGCAGUGCCUGGUGCGCUACGACAACGCCACCUUCUUCGGCGUGGCGGACACGACGAAGGCGCGCUGGUUCGACGUGCCCAACCCCAGCAACUUCUCCGACCCGUCCGGACUCGCCGCGGCGCGCGAGAGACUGAACGGCCGGAUGCUCGCGGCGGCGGCGGCGUCGCCGCGCCGGUUCGCGUUCGACGACGAGCGGGUCACCGGCGCCAACGCGACGCUGCACGGGCUGGCGCAGUGCACCGAGGACCUGACCGGCAAGGAGUGCCGGCGCUGCUUGGCGGGGAACGUGGUCCGGGUCGGCGUCUGCUGCGCGGACAUGGACGGCGUCCGCAUCAACGCGGCCAGCUGCUACCUGCGCUACGAGUUCAUGGCCAUCGUGCCUGCCACGCCGCCGUCCAUGGCGCCGCUGGUGGAACCGCCGCCUCCGUCAGGAGGUGCGGUGAGCUCCUCGAGGACAAGGAGAAAGACAACAAUCUACAUCGCGCUGGGUUCGGCGGCGCUGCUUUGCUUCCUUGCUGCCGGAGGUUUCUGGCUAUGGAAGAAGCGAAGAAGGGGAUCCUCAGAGUCACUGCUGCAGGUGCAGCUGCAGCACCACUACCACUACCCACGACGGUACAGCUACGCGCAGGUGAAGCGGAUGACCAGGUCGUUCGCCCACAAGCUGGGGCAAGGCGGCAACGGCACGGUGUACAAGGGCAGUCUCCCGGAGCCGGACGGGCGCGAGGUGGCGGUGAAGAUGCUCAAGGAGGCCAAGGUGGACGGCGAGGAGUUCGUGAACGAGGUGGCCAGCAUCAGCCGGACGUCGCACGUGAACGUGGUGACGCUGCUGGGGUUCUGCCUGGAGGGAUCGGGGGGAUCCAAGUGCAAGAGGGGCCUCGUCUACGAGUACAUGCCCAAGGGCUCGCUGGAAAGGUACACCGUCGGCGGCGGCGGCGGCGACGGACGGUGGUGCCUGCGGUGGGAGCAGCUGUUCGACGUGGCGGUGGGCAUCGCGCGGGGGCUGGAGUACCUCCACCGCGGCUGCAGCGCCCACAUCGUGCACUUCGACAUCAAGCCCCACAACAUCCUGCUGGACGGCGGACUCCGCCCCAAGAUCUCCGACUUCGGGCUGGCCAAGCUGUGCCCGCAGAAGGAGAGCACCAUCGCCGUGUCCAUCGCCGGCGCCAGGGGCACCGCCGGCUACAUCGCGCCGGAGGUCUUCUCCAGGCAUGCGGGAGCCGCCGUCACCAGCAAGUCCGACGUGUACAGCUACGGAAUGAUGGUGCUGGAGAUGGUCGGCGCCACCAGAGGCGGUGGCGGAACGGGAGCGACGACCGGCGGGGCGAGCACUGCCACCAGCACCAGGUACUUCCCUGAGUGGCUGUAUGAAGAUCUGGACCGGUUCUGCGCGGAAGCAGCCGCCGCCGCCUGUGGUCGUGGUCGUGGACCGGAUGCGGAGGAAGCCACGGAGGAGGUGGUGAGGAAGCUGGUGAUCGUUGGCCUCUGGUGCAUCCGCCUCUCGCCGCAGGAUCGGCCGACGAUGAGCAGGGUCGUCGAGAUGCUCGACAAGACAACCACGGCGGACCUGCAGCUGCCCUCCUCAAGGUCAGGUCUCCAUGUCGAUGCCCUCACAAGCCCACAAGAUGGCCCACGCUCUGGUGCUCGGCCCACAAAACUUUCCUGCAUCGGACAUAUAUUACUCAUGUCAGCGAGCUUGAGGUCCGUCCCAUUGAGUGAACUUGGACUAUUGAAUUAACAACUAGCCUAUAAUUAAUGGAUUAACAAUUAGUCUGA